AUUAUGAUCUCCUCCUCCAGUCGGAUCAUUGGUUGAGUCUGAAUUACUCCAAAACUUUUAUCAGAGCUAUCUCAAUGUCAAUCUCCGAUCCCUCCGCUGCUCAAACUCCACUUUUGGAUGACACUAUUGACGGCUGCCUUGACUACAAAGGCCGACCUGUCCGCCGCUCAAGCUCCGGAUGUUGGAUAUCCGCUUCUUUCAUCAUAGUCGUCGAAAUUGCUGAGAGGUUUGCUUAUUACGGAAUCUCUUCUAACCUCAUAACUUACUUGACGGGGCCUCUGGGCGAGUCUACUGCUACCGCCGCCGCGCAAGUUAACGCUUGGAACGGGGCGGCCUCGCUUCUGCCUCUCUUGGGUGCAUUCAUUGCUGAUUCUUUUCUUGGCCGAUACCGCACUAUCAUUCUUGCUUCCCUUGUUUAUAUUUUGGGGCUAGGCUUGUUGGCUCUCUCUGCCACACUUGGUUCCAUCAGCAGUUCUGGUGGUCAAAAUGCAGAUGACAUUGCAUUAAGCUCUUCACUUCAGUUUCAAGUGAUACUAUUCUUCUCCUCGCUGUAUCUAGUAGCAUUUGCGCAAGGUGGACACAAGCCAUGCGUUCAAGCUUUUGGAGCAGAUCAAUUUGAUACACAAGACCCUGAGGAGUGUAAAGCCAAGACUUCAUUCUUUAAUUGGUGGUACUUUGGUAUGUGUGCGGGUACCUUAACAACCCUUUCAAUUUUAAAUUACAUCCAAGAUAAUCUUAGUUGGGUUCUUGGAUUUGCAAUACCUGGAAUUGUGAUGGCUGUGGGACUGGUUGUUUUUCUGCUUGGAACAAUGACUUACCGGUAUAGUGUGAAAGGGGAUGAGGAAAGCCCAAUUGUGACUAUUGGUCGAGUAUUCAUUUUGGCAGUUAGGAACCGGAAAACAUCGUAUUCUGCAAUUGCAGCAGAGGAAGAAGCCCGAGGAAUUCUUGCAACUGAAAGUUCCAAGCAAUUCAAAUUCCUCAAUAAAGCCUUGCUUGCUCCGGAUGGUUCAAAGGAGCAAGGAGAGGUGUGUAGCAUCAGAGAGGUUGAAGAAGCAAAAGCUGUUAUAAGGCUUGCACCAAUAUGGGCUACAAGCUUGAUUUAUGCAAUUGCCUUUGCACAAUCAUCGACCUUCUUUACUAAGCAAGGGGCUACCAUGGACAGAUCAACUGCAAUGAUGGGCUUUGAAAUACCUGCUGCUUCACUUCAGUCAUUCAUUAGCCUUUCGGUUGUUCUUUUCAUUCCUAUAUAUGACCGCAUUUUUGUUCCUUUAGCAAGAGCCUUGACAGGGAAACAAGCUGGAAUUACAUUGCUUCAGAGAAUUGGAAGUGGAAUGGUAAUAUCUACUAUAUCAUUGGUAAUUGCUGCUGUAGUAGAGAUGCGGAGGCUUAAAAUUGCUGAAGAAUAUGGAUUGUUAGACAAGCCAAAUGUGAUGGUUCCAAUGAGUGUAUGGUGGCUGGUCCCUCAAUACGCAUUGUAUGGAUUAGCUGAUGUCUUCACCAUGGUUGGUCUUCAAGAAUUCUUUUAUGACCAGAUGCCAAAUGAAUUAAGGAGUGUCGGUCUUGCGCUCUACCUUAGCAUCUUCGGUGUUGGAAGCUUCUUAAGUAGUUUUCUCAUCUCCGCCAUCGAGAACUUGACCAGUGGGGAUGGCCGAGAUAGCUGGUUUGCAAAUAAUCUGAAUAGAGCACAUCUUGAUUACUUUUUUUUGCUGCUUGCUGUGCUUAGUGCUGUGGGAUUGACUCUCUAUGUAUGUUGUACAAAAUAUUACAUUUAUGCUAGAUGGGGAAGGACGUUCUAAGUCGCGAUUUUCUAGGUAUCACCAGUCCAUUGAUUGUUGUAACUGUAAUAUAUUAAGCGACUUCUCACUAAAUGGUUGGUUAAACUUGUAAGAAUGUAAACCAUGAAUGUAAGGAUUUUAAAUUAUUCUGUAAGUUAGAAAACUCUUUUGCUUCAAGAAGAAAAUGAUGGCCUUCAACAGACAA